AUGCCACCAACACCACUCCAACCCCCCGACCACCCCGUCGCCCUCCGCCGCUCCCACCUCCUGGCCGCAGCCCCAGACCGACUGACCCACACCCCGACCACACUCACCGUCACCCGCGAAAACACGCACUCCGGCCGAGACUUCAGCGUCCACCAGCUCCGCAAAGAUGAGCCCCUCGAUAGUCUCCGCCGCAGCACCCUCCUCUACACCGUCCAUGGCCGCUUCUGGUCCAACUCGCAACAACGCGAAAUCCGCGACUCGUCCGGUCGACCACUCCUCGAGCUCCGCCGCAUCUGGUGGCGCGGGCAGUGGAUCCUCAAACGAGCCGGAGGCGUCGGCGAUGAACUCCUCUGCGCCGAGAUGCGCUGGGGCAUUGGCAUGAAGAUCAGCGUGCGAUUCUGCAACGCGCUCGUCGGUCCGCGCGAAGGAAUGACUCUCUCACGCGGGGGGCCAAGUUCAGGUGCAGGACCAACUCCAAAUCCAGCUCGACCCGGCACAUCAGCUGGUUUAACAAGUAUCACGCCCAACUCGAGCGCCAGCGCCAGCGCAGAAGCAGCAGCCAAUGCGUCGAGAUCUCUGAGUACAUCCGCAUACACGAGACCAGCCCACCGUCGGCGCGCGACAAUGAGCACAUACCCGCAUCCACCACCGAGCGAACGGGACGCACCACCCCCAUACAGCGCCACCGUGGCCGAGGGACAUCAAACGCACAGCAGCGCCAGCGACAAUUCGACCUCCAACCCGAACUCGAGCAGUACAUCGCUUUCGUCGACGUCAUCCACGGAUUCCGACACAAAGUCCCGUAAUACGGUACUACCAUCAUACGAAUCUGUCCGACGAAUGCGCCGACACAGCAACAAUAAUAACUCCCACUCACUGCGCGACCUCCUCGACGCAAUUGAACCGCCGCGCGAACCGGCCCCUGCGUCCGCAGCCCCGUACCCGACGCAACGGCGGUGGAGCGAAAGCUGCAUUGUCGACCCGAAGGUCGAACUGAAGGUCGUGCAACAGAGCGGUACACUUGCAGAGGUGAUUAUGGGGGAUCGGAAGAUUAUCCACGUGAAGCGGGCACGGGCAUUCGAUUUGGUGACGCGGGCGAGCGGGACGAUGUCGCGGUGGGAAGUUGAGAUUGCAGAAGGAGUGGACCUGCUACUGGCAGUUUGCAUCGUUCUUAUCAUUGCGGAGUCAGUUCGGCAUGACUACCGACGGGCAUAG